AUGUUAACCAACUUAAAGAACUCGCGCUCCUUGCGCUUAACCGUCGCCCUUAUAAUUCCAUUUGCCCUCAUUUGUUAUCUUUACUCGUGGAGACAAACACCCACCCCUGUCUCUGGUCCCAUACAGUCUCCAGAGGUUGGGACAACCGGCACGGGGGCCUCGGUAUCAAUAUCAGUACCUCCAGAGGAACCUUCAACUAGCGACAGUCAUUCUACUCCUUCCGCUGCACCCACUUAUACGCUUCCAGACAAGGUCUGGCAUAAGUCUGAUAAUUUAUCAGAAAAUCAACGUGAAUGGACCGGCAGCUGGACGAACAAGAAUCCUUCCUUGCGCCAAGAACUGUUGACCGAUCGGUCGGCUGAAGCAUUUGUUCGCGCUCAUUAUUUUAAGACCCGCCCGGAUAUCGUCGAAGUCUAUGAAGCCCUUCCAAUCGCGAUCCUACGUGCAGAUCUCUUCCGUUACUUGGUUGUUCUCGCCGAAGGUGGAAUUUGGGGAGAUUUAGACACCACGUGCGAGAAAGAAGUCUCUGAGUGGGUACCCCUGGAAUACCGAAAUGAGAACAUCGACAUGAUUGUCGGAUUGGAAUUCGACUUCGAAUGGCGAGGACCGGGUACGGAAGUUGCUUCCCAGUUCUGCAACUGGGUAUUUGUCGGACGGAAGGAUUCGCGCAAUCUGAGAGUUAUCGUUGACACUGUCAUCAAUAAAUUGAAAGGCAUUGCUCAAGCGAAUGCCGUGGGCAUCGAAGGGAUCACCUGGGAAAUGCUUUCGGACGUGGUCAACGUGACGGGACCCAAGAUUAUGACAAUCGCGAUCAUGCAGAGUCUCGAGCAAUUGCUCGGUAGGACCGUCGAUGAUCGCGAUUAUGCACACACCAAACGACCCAAGCUGGUUGGUGAUGUUUUGGUCAUGCCCGGAGUCUCUUUCGCCGCUCUUCAAAACGGAAACCCGACGGAUCAAGGAGAUCCUCUUGUGACGCAUCACUAUGAGGGCUCGUGGAAAAAGGAGGAAACGGAGGCAAAGGAGCGGAAAAAGGAUAAGGAAGAACAAGAGCGACAGCAACGAGAGCAGGAGCAGCAACAAGGAUCAUCAACACCACCACCUGCUGCGGCCUAA